GUCAACGCGUUAGAGCGUGCCUACUACGCUCGCACAUAAACAAAGGCGGAACGUAGCGUUCGUAUAAACAGUUCUCUGUAUACAUAUUAUAUGUCAAUAACACCUCGAAACCGGGGAGCGCCUUGUUUCUGGAGCAAUGGAAAACGCAUUAUUAAUGCGAGUGAGUGUGUUCACCGACCAAGGAGGGAGGAAAUACAUGGAAGACGUGACCGAGAUCAUAGUAGAGCCCGAGCCGGGAGAAGAGGAGGCGACGUUGGUUGAGCCAGAGGAGGGCAGCGGUAGAUACUGUGCGGUCAACUCUGUGGCGGAGGUCAAGCAUCCACACUGGACUGGAGAACUCGUGGAGUCUCCACAGCUUUCAGGAGCACCCAUUGAUUCUGACCGAAUGGAAAACCACAGCGCACCACCGAAAACAUGUCCACCGGGAGGCCAAUGCCCGCUGCGAGCGCAGCAGAGUCGUUCCCGCCGUUCCGUAGCGUUCUUCGCCGUGUUUGACGGCCACGGGGGUCGCGAGGCUGCGCAGUUUGCACGGGACUAUUUGUGGGAGUUCAUGAAGAAGCAGCGGGGCUUCUGGUCCGACUGCGACCGAGAGGUCUGUUCUGCUAUUCGCAAAGGAUUUGUGGCAUGCCACCACGCCAUGUGGAAGAAGCUACCUGAGUGGCCAAAGACACACACUGGCCUUCCUAGCACAUCAGGCACCACAGCCAGUGUGGUGGUUAUCAAAGGAAACCGCAUGUAUGUGGCUCAUGUUGGGGAUUCUGCAGUGGUUCUAGGGAUCCAGGAUGACCCCUCAGUUCCAUUCAUCAGAGCUGUGGAAGUUACACAGGACCACAAGCCCGAACUUCCCAGAGAGAGGGAGCGCAUUGAAGGUCUCGGAGGAAGUGUGAUCAAGAAAUCUGGAGUGAACCGGGUCGUCUGGAAGAGGCCCAGGCUGAGUCACAAUGGGCCAGUCCGUCGCAGCACUAUCAUUGACCAGAUACCAUUCUUGGCAGUAGCCCGCGCACUAGGUGAUCUGUGGAGCUAUGACUUCUACAGUGGUGAGUUUGUGGUCUCUCCUGAGCCUGACACCAGUGUGGUGACCCUUGACCCCAGGAAACACCGUUACAUCAUCCUGGGUAGUGAUGGUCUGUGGAACAUGGUGCCACCUCAAGAGGCCAUCUCCAUGUGUCAGAACAAUAACGACGUGAUGGCACAGUGUGGCCUGUCAAGUGCACGGCAGCUCGUCAGCCAUGCUCUCCUGCGGUGGCGCCAGCGAAUGUUGCGCGCUGAUAACACCAGUGCCAUUGUAAUCACCCUGGAUGAGCCUGGCACGUCCCAGGACAACCUGCACCACGAGGAGGUGCUUCUGGACCUAGCCAAGGUAUCACAGUGUCCUCCCACCUCCAUAUCCCGUGCUGACACUCCUCUUCUUCAGCGGCCUCCAGAGGAAGACUCUCCCUCUUCUGUGUGCGAGCUACUCCCUGCCGCGGAGCGAAAGGAUGUCAGUCCCACUGACAGGACAGCUGGCAGAAGGACACUUAGCAGCAAAAGAACUAAUGAUGGAUCAUCUUCAGGCCACUCUGCUAAGAAACCCCAUCGCAGGACUGCCGGCAGGCCCCCCCUGGUCCAGCACAAUGCAGAGAAGAAACAAAAGGAGUCUACUAAUGUCUCCCCCAUUAUCCAACAGCAUAACAAGACAACGGUGUGUGUGUACUGAACAGUGGUGUAGUACUCAAAUCCAGGACUUGGACUCAAGUCCAACUCAAGUCUUGAUUUUUCGGGACUCGUGACAAGGCUUGAGCUUGUGUACUGAUGAGUCGGUCUUGGACGUGCAAGAGCAGACGAACGCAAGUAGCACCAAGAAAUGCCAGACCAGAACUCGUUUUUGUAUGAAAACUGAUCUCACAGGUCCUGGUUCUCAUUUCUUGGGAUAGAGGUGGGCCUGUGAAGUCCUUUACAUCAAAUUCAACCUUGACAAGAGGGACUCUGAUUCGGGUGAUGGGAGACUCCACUCUGGCUCUUCUUUGAUGAUUUAGACUCUGAUUGGAAGGACUUGAGACUUUACUCUGACUUGAGGUUUAGUGACUCAACUACACACACACACACACUCACUGUCUGACUAAUGAUGCUGGUGUAAAUAUUAUGCAUUUUAUAUUUGAGUCUUAAGAAGAAAGACACCUGUUCAUUUAAAACAAAAAUAUAUUUUUAUAUAUUAUUUUAUUGUAUAAUGAUAAAACAUGAAAAUCCCUUUUAGAUGAGCUCCACCACAACAGUCAUCUCCUCUCAUUAUUACCAUAUACCAGUGUGCACGCCUAGCGUUGAGCACUUUUCUGUGUUGUUAUUAUAAUCGUCUUAUUUAAUCACUGGAGAUUUAUCUAUAAUAUGAAGGUGCUGCUACAGUCACAAACCCAGUAAGCUACUACAUUGUGUAUAUUGACAGAUGAAUAUAUGUAAUAAGUGUUAGUGGCAUGUUUUUGUUUCCUUUUCUCCAUUGAGCCUGCUCCCCACAGUGAGUUUUUCCAGGAAUGCCUUUCAACAGCCCCCCUUCAGUCUCUACAGUCAUGGAUUUCUCACUCUGUUUGCUGAGCGGCUUCCUUGUGUUCAGCGGGACCAACAUAAAACCCUUUGUUUACAAUCA